UUUUCUCUUCUUCAUUGAGAACAAUAUUACAAUCCCUCUGCUUCCUCUGUUUCAUAGCCUUUCAAAGACUCUUCCUUUCAUUAGCUUGCCUUGUCUUUGAAACCGGUCAUUUGUUCAAGUUCAAAAAUGGAAUACGAGAAUAGAUACAGUCUAACUCAGAGGCCUAAAUACGAUUGCCUUUUGUUUGAUCUUGAUGAUACCCUCUAUCCAAAAAGUUCUGGCCUUGCAAGAGAAUGUGGGAAGAAUAUUAGAGAUUACAUGGUUGAAAAACUGGGUGUAGAAAGGGAGAAAGUUGUUGAAUUGUCCAACCUCUUGUAUGAGAAUUAUGGGACAACAAUGGCUGGCCUUAGGGCUGUUGGUUAUGACUUUGACUAUGAUGAGUACCAUAGUUUUGUUCAUGGAAGACUUCCAUAUGGGAACCUAAAACCAGAUCCUUCAUUGAAGAGUUUAUUGCAGACUUUGCCUCUUCGAAAAAUUAUAUUCACAAAUGCAGACAGGGUCCAUGCCGUUAAAGCCCUCAGUAAACUCGGAUUGGAAGACUGUUUUGAAGGGAUUAUCUGCUUCGAGACACUCAAUCCUACUCGUAAGAACACGGUUUUGGAUGACGAGGAUGACAUCGAGUUCUUAGGAUCCACCGCUGCUGCUGCUACUGCAACCGGUGCUCCUAGAAGCCGUCAAAUUUUCAACAUAAUCGACCAUUUCGCUCACCCCAACAAUGGUGCAACAUUACCCAAGACGCCCGUCGUUUGCAAGCCACAGGAAUCUGCCAUAGAGUGCGCCCUCAAGAUUGCCAAAAUUGACCCUCAGAGAACAGUAAGACGAUCGAUAAUUCACCGUUUUGCAUUACAAAACUCAUUGCGUUUUUACAGUUUACUAAUGUUUUCCUUCAUUGGAUUUUUGCUGUUUCAGUUGUUCUUCGACGAUAGCGUCUGCAACAUCCAGGCCGGAAAAUGCGCCGGUCUUCACACUGUGAUGAUUGGCACUUCCCAGAGACCCAAAGGUGCAGAUUAUGCAUUAGAAAGCAUUCACAACAUCAAGCAGGCAAUACCAGAGCUGUGGGAAACUGGUCGGAAAUCCGAAGUCAGUUAUCCCGGUCAGGUUGCAGUUGAAACAUCCGUCACAGCUUAGAUCCCAUGUUGUUGUCGCAAUUGCUUGUUAUUAUUUAGC